UCGAUAAUGAGUACAGAUUGCGACCAUUCUUCUAUGUCGGAGAACAUUACACUAUUGCAGAGAACCCUUCUGAUAUGCGUUUAUCUUCUUCUUAGUCCCGAAUCUGGGGAUAUAUGGAGGCACCUAGGCUUUGCCAUCCGACAUUUCCUUGAUUUGUCUCAUGGCAGGUUGAGGGAGGAAGAUGAAUUAUAUCAGGUCUUUUGCAAAUUGAGCCGAACAAUUUACUGCUUAGAAAGCCAAGUAUCGAUUGCGUUUGGACGCCCAAGUCUGAUGAUUAUUGGCGAUGAACUUCGGCAGGUGAGUAAUACGAGCUACACUGGAAAACUUGACUGAUUGUACUGGCUUCAGGAGCUCACAAGGCCAGAAAUGGAAUGUCCAGAAGAUCAAAUAUCCAUUUCCUCAUAUUUGAUCUCAUUUCACAAAUUGCAGAUUCACAAUGCACUCCUUCGGUGCACCUCGAACUGUGCCCCCGCGGAUUGCCAAGAGUACCGACGCGCACUCGAUGAAUGGUUUGUUCGUUGGCGGGAACUUGUAGCUUCGAUGCCGGGUGAUGGAGCUCAGCAUAUGCUGUUGUCGUGGGGGCAAUUCAACUAUCAACAUGGAGUCUUCUUGGUUUCGUUGCUUGGUCCUACCCCUGGAGGGAAGAUUUCCAGGCUAUUGGAUGGCAUGACGACAGCAGCUUUGCAAUUGACACGACAUCAACAACUUUUUGGGCGGCUUUAUUCGCAUAAUGAGAAUCAAAAGUUGCUCAUGAUAUUUCCGCUGACCUGGGCAGAUAGUCAUUUUGUCCUCCAACUCGCACUCUGUUCUCUGAACGAGGAAAUCGUAACAACUGAUGAGGAUGAAGAGCAGGCGCUGGCGCUAAGACGAUACUUGUCGUUACUGCUUCGACUGGAAAGUGACCCAGAAAACCUGCUAGCUGGGCAAAGUCUGGUGUUUGAAGAACUAUACAAGAGCAACCGCUUCUAAACUCAUGGAGCAACCGACAUUUGAUAAGGCACAAGUGUAAAGAUAAGAAAUAGUAAUGUAUUAAAACAACCCAGUUUUUACGGAAUGGUAUACUAUAACAACAAUAGUUU